UGGGAAUUGAGAUAGGAAUGAAGAAUGUCAAUAAACAUACUCCAUAUUUCCUAUAUUUAAAAUGACUUGUGACUUCUGAUUUUAAGUACUUUUAAAAUUGACACCUAAAAAUGCCCUUAAUUUGUAAGUCAGUUUGAAGUUCCUUCACUCAACUUUCCACUUCCAACUCCUUGGUUUUCAGAUUCUUCUUCUAUCAAAGUGUGAAGAUUGAAGAACAUGCAGAGAUUAUUCACAGCAAGAAAGAGUAUUUCCUCUGUAUUUUUAUGGAGAAAUUUAAUUCAUUUUCCUUAUUCUACCUCCCUUCUCUUUGAUGAUACUCAGAAUCAGUUCAAGGAAAGUGUUGUUCAAUUUGCCCAAGAAAACAUUGCUCCUCAUGCUGAAAAAAUUGAUAAAACAAAUUACUUCCCCAAGGAUGUAAAUCUAUGGAAACUCAUGGGGGACUUCAAUCUUCAUGGAAUUACAGCACCAGAGGAGUAUGGUGGACUUGGCCUUGGUUAUCUAUACCAUUGUAUUGCAAUGGAAGAAAUCAGUCGUGCUUCCGGUUCCGUAGGCCUUUCGUAUGGAGCUCACUCUAAUCUUUGUAUUAAUCAGCUAGUGAGAAAUGGGAAUCCCCCUCAGAAGCAGAAAUACUUGCGGAAGCUUAUCAGUGGGGAGCAUGUUGGAGCUUUGGCAAUGAGUGAACCAAAUGCUGGUUCAGAUGUUGUUAGCAUGAAAUGUAGAGCUGAUCGUGUUGAUGACGGCUAUGUGCUAAAUGGGAACAAAAUGUGGUGCACAAACGGCCCAAUUGCAGAAACACUGAUUGUUUAUGCAAAAACAGACAUGACUGCGCACUCCAAAGGAAUUACUGCCUUCAUCAUUGAAAAAGGAAUGGCGGGGUUCAGUACAGCCCAAAAAUUAGACAAACUGGGAAUGCGAGGAAGUGACACAUGUGAACUUGUUUUUGAGAAUUGUUUUGUUCCUCGGGAAAACGUGCUUGGGGAAGAAGGAAAAGGGGUAUAUGUUAUGAUGUCAGGGCUGGACUUGGAGCGACUUGUUCUAGCGUCUGGCCCUCUUGGUAUUAUGCAAGCUUGCCUUGAUAUCGUACUUCCUUAUGUUCGGCAGAGGGAACAGUUUGGGCGUCCAAUUGGUGAAUUUCAGUUCAUACAGGGAAAGAUCGCGGACAUGUAUACUGCCCUGCAGUCAUCGAGAUCGUACGUGUACUCUGUGGCAAGAGACUGUGACGGAGGAAAAGUUAACCCAAAGGACUGUGCUGGGGUCAUUCUUUGUGCUGCCGAAAGGGCUACUCAAGUUGCCCUACAGGCCAUACAAUGUCUGGGAGGUAACGGUUAUGUAAACGAGUAUCCAACAGGGCGACUUCUUCGGGAUGCCAAAUUAUACGAGAUUGGGGCAGGAACCAGCGAGAUAAGGAGAAUGAUCAUUGGUCGUGAACUGUUCAAGGAACAAUGAUAAUUGAUGGGCGUUCAAGAACGAAGCGUUAGUAGGAUGCUCUCGAUUCCGGUGGCCUCGCGUCCAUCUUCUGCUCUGUAGUGUUCCCGCCUAGGGUUUUGCUCACAGAUUUACAAUUUACCUGAGCCUGAACCUUUAAUUGGUAAUAGAAAUGUACAAAUCAUUGCCAAGUAUCUCAAUAUGGAAGUUAAAAUUUAGAACUUUUGAUUGCAUUAUUUCUGGUAGUCUUAUAUAACAAUAAUGUCAAAGUCUUAAUUUUAAAUGUUUCUACCAUAUGAAUAAAAACACGUCGAUAUGGAGAUUGAGAUACCAAUGUGUCUUCUCCAUUCAUCCCAAUCCAACAUUUUAUCAAUGUAAAUACUUUUGUAACUGUUCUAUUUUCGUGUAUUUGCACAUAAUUAGAAUAAUUUAAACGCUUUUUUUCAUCUUUGUCUUCCGAGUUCGAAAUUUUAAGACUUC